AUGACAUCCUCAGAAACCCUUCGAAUGAAUCACUGGACACAGAAUCAAAGUUUACGAAGUUUUGACGAAUUUGUUCAGAAUGAAAUAUUAUGCCAAUGGAUGCACAAUUCUCCAUCAGUCAAUCGUCCUAUAUGUCAUCCUAUGGAUAUGGAACUAAUCAGACUAAAGUCUUUUCAUAACUUCCCGUCCUCUAAAUCUGUUUCUACAUUGAGGCUGGCUCGCCAGGGGUUUUAUUAUUGUAGGGAGAAUGACGUCACAAUCUGCUUUGCUUGUGGCUGUAGAAAACGAGACUGGAGGUCUGACGAUGUCGUUGAGGUCGUUCAUCGUAAAAUGUCUCCUGACUGUCCUCUGCUGUCGUCACAGCCGACUAGUAACAUCCAAAUUGAAAAUAACCAAAAAAAUGGGCAUGAUAAUAACGAACUCAAGCAGCAAAUUAACGCUAGUGGUAACGAUUUAUUUAGCAAUAGCAAUAGGCUACCAUCCUUGUUAACUUCAAACAGUGAUUUGUCUGGAAACAAAAUGAAAAAAGAACCGAAUACUGAUAGUAAAGACAAAAAAGCUGACGUACAAGCUUUCGCGUCACAGAUGAAGUCAAACAACCUGUUGACUAAGACGAGAAAACAACAGGAUAAGAUAAAUGCAUUCAUUCGGAACUUGGAUCCAUUAGGUAUUAAUUUUGAUCGACCUAAAUAUCCAUCUUACUCCUUGCUGACUGUCAGAGUGAGUUCCUUUGCGGAUUGGCCAUCUAGUCUAUCACAGACUCCUAGAGAUUUAGCUGUAGCAGGAUUUCUGUAUGCAGGCUACGGCGAUUACACCCGUUGUUUCUUUUGUGGGGGAGGAUUACGUAGCUGGGAGACUGGAGACGAUCCAUGGACAGAACACGCCCGAUGGUUUCCGAAGUGUGCCUUUGUGAGACAGAACAAAGGAGAUGAGUUUGUUGCUCUGGUUCAAAUUCAGCAUCAAGAACUGGAAGCUAGGGGAACAGCUAAGGAACACCAGGCGGAAGACCAGGCAAGUGGACCCGAAAACAUAAUUUUUGAAUGUUCAUCAGAUCCGAAUGUUUCUAGUCUUCCAGCUUUUUAAAGUGUUCUAGAAAUGGGGUAUCCGUGUCAUGUUAUACAACAAGCUUUCAACUUUCUUAAAAACACAAAAGAGUGCAUAAACAUCAUGGCUGAGGAUGUAAUGGGGGUCAUACUCUCUGGAGACAACAUACCACCACCGUUUGCUGCAAAAACGUCAGAUAAGGUCAAGGACAUUACUUCAAGAUCAAACGAAGAAAGUGUAAAUGUUCAUGAACAGCAAACGAAUUCUAUUUCAAUGGCAGUUACAAAAGAAUCUGAAGAAGCAGACACUCUCUCGUUGAUCGCGGAGAACAGAAAACUGAAGGGCCUUAGGAUGUGUAAGAUCUGUAUGGAGAAGGACGCCUCCAUCGCCAUGUUGCCGUGCGGACAUUUUUGUUGCUGUACGGACUGUGCUCCCGCCAUGAGGAAGUGUCCAAUAUGUCGGCAAUUUGUGAAAGGCACAGUCCGUACUUGGCUAGCAUGA